AUGUGCUCGACGCCGGGGCUGCCGACGCCGGGAGCCUCGCUGGUCCUGCGAGUGUCCUUCGUGGACGUGCAUCCUGAGGUGAUCCCCGUGCAGCUCUGGGGGCUGGUGGGCGAGCGGAGGGACGAGUACGUGCAGCUGAGCCGGGAGAUCCAGGAAGCGGCGGCCACGUGCGGCCCGUGGGCGCUGGGCGGCGCCUCGGCCUCGCCGGGCGAGCUGUGCCUGGUGCAAGUGGGGCUCCUGUGGCACCGCGGCCGCGUGGUCAGCCGGCAGGCGCAGGAGAGCCGCAUCUUCCUGCUGGACGAGGGCCGCACCAUCACGGCCGACGCGGGCUCGCUGGUGCCGGGGCGCAGCGAGUUCUUCCACCUGCCCUCGGAGGUGCUGGGCUGCGUGCUGGCCGGCCUGGUGCCCGCGGGUGGAGGCUGCACGGGUGGGGGCGAGCUCCAGCACUGGCCGGCCUGCGCCGUGGACUUCCUUAGCAAUCUGCAGGGCAGAGAGGUGCACGGGCAAGUCCUGGACGUGCUGCUGCUCCACCACCUGGUCCUUCUGGAGGUGCCCGCUCUGUCCCAGCAGAUGCAGGAGCUCGGCCUAGCUCGGCAGGUACCCCACAACCUCUUCCGCUCGCUGCUCAAGCGCUACCUCUCGGCGACCACGGGUGGCAUGGGCUCCAGGACCCCGGUCUUCCAGCGAGUCCUGCCCAAGAAAGUGCAGCCCGGCCUGGAUUACUUCUAUCCCCAGCUGCAGCUGGGCGUAACGGAGCAGGUAGUGGUGACACAAGUGUGCCAUCCCCACCGCAUUCACUGCCAGCUCCGGAGCUUCUCACAAGAGAUCCGCCGCCUCUCCGAGAGCAUGGCCCACAUCUACGGGGAUUCCUCGGGGACAGGGGAUGAGAACUCCACCAUCGCCACCUGGGAGGAGCCGGAGGAGAGCCCAGACAAGCCAGGCUCUCCGUGUGCAUCGUGUGGGUUGGAUGGCCAUUGGUACAGGGCGCUCUUGCUUGAGACCUUUCGGCCCCAGCGCUGUGCCCAGGUGCUUCACGUAGACUUUGGCAGGAAGGAGUUAGUGAGUUGCAGUAGCCUGCGCUACUUGCUGCCUGAAUAUUUUCGAAUGCCAGUGGUGACCUACCCUUGUGCUUUGUAUGGCCUCUGGGACGGUGGCAGAGGCUGGUCUAGGUCACAGGUCGGUGACCUGAAGGCGCUGAUACUGGGCCAGGCAGUGAAUGCAAAGAUUGAAUUUUACUGUUCCUUUGAGCAUGUGUAUUUUGUCACCCUAUAUGGAGAAGAUGGGAUUAAUCUUAACUGUGUAUUCGGAGUACAGUCCUGUUGCUUGGCUGACCGAUUCCUUCAGAAUCUGGGAAUAGAGGAGGAGGAAGAGGAGGAGGAAGAAGAAUCUGUCACAGCUCUUCACUCUCAGUCUCCUGCUGAAGAAAUGGAUGAAGAGCUUUCACCCCCAGCAUUAAGGUCUAUCAGGUUAAAGAUGAAUGCCUUCUAUGAUGCCCAGGUAGAGUUUGUUAAAAAUCCUUCUGAGUUUUGGAUUAGGUUAAGGAAACACAGUGGCACCUUCAGCAAGUUGAUGAGGAGAAUGUGCAGUUUCUAUUCCUCAGCCAGCAAGCUGGAUGGUAUAGUUUUGAAACCUGAACCCGAGGACCUUUGCUGUGUCAAAUGGAAAGAAAAUGGCUACUAUCGGGCUCUGGUCACCAGAUUAGAUGACAAGAGUGUGGAUGUAUUCUUAGUUGAUCAAGGCAAUUCAGAAAAUGUGGACUGGUAUGACGUGAGGAUGCUGCUUCCCCAGUUUAGACAGCUACCAGUAUUGGCUCUGAGAUGCACCCUGGCUUAUAUUUGGCCUUUGGCAGAAACCUGGAGCCCGGAAGCAAUUUCCCUUUUUAAAAAGACUGUGCUCCACAAAGAAGUAGUUAUCCAUGUUCUCGAUGAACAGGAUAAUCAAUAUGUUAUUGAGAUUCUUGAUGAAUCAAGAACAGGGGAAGAAAACGUUAGUAAGGUAAUUGCUCAAGCUGGAUAUGCUAAGUAUCAGGAAUUUGAAACAAAGGGAAAGAUUCCUGGACAUGCCCACUCCCCAGGGCAUGUUUCAAACCAUUUCACUGCUGGGAAUAACAAACUACCUUCUGCCAAGAAGGGAGAACAGGAAGCCAGGAGAGAGAAUCAAACUACAUCUGUUUCAGAAACUUUGACUGACACAACAGCUGUUUCAGAGGUUUCAACUGGACUAGUCGUGCAGGAAAAAGAGAAAAGAGUAUCUGUUGAUUCUCUUAUACAGAAUUUCUUGGAAAUUCAAUCAGGCUCUUUUUGUAAAGUAAAGCUAAAAGUUGGAAGUACAGUGGAUGUCAAAGUGACUUAUGUUGAAAACCCUGGCUAUUUCUGGUGCCAACUCACCAGGAACAUACAAAGGUUUAAAACUCUAACAUGUGAUAUUCAGUACUAUUGCAAGGAUACCCCUGCUCCUUACCAGGGAACUACCCCCGCUUGUUUGGCACAACGAACAGCAAAUGGACAAUGGGCCAGAGCUCUGAUCAGUGGGGCACAAUCUUCAGAGCACUUCAAAGUAGUAUUUGUAGAUUAUGGAGACGAAGAUGUGGUAUCUGUGAAGAAUAUUUUUUCAAUUAGUGAAGAGUUUCUCCAAGUUAAGGCUCAGGCUUUUAGGUGCAGUCUUUAUAAUUUAAUUCAGCCAACUGGUCGAAAUCCCCUUGUUUGGGAUGAAAAGGCAAUACAAGCUUUCAGUGAAUUUGUAAAUAACGCAUGGAAAGACAAUCUAAAAUUAAAAUGCAUAAUAUUUGCUUUGGCCUCAAUACAUGAUGGAGAACUGUUUAAUGUCGUGGAUUUGCUAACACCUUUUCAGAGCGCAUGCCAGUUUUUAGUAGAAAACGGACUUGCGAGACGAGUAGAACUUGAGAAGCCUCUGCAAUCUUCUGUUCGGCUACAUUCUUACUACUAUUCUACUCAUGAUAUGAAAAUUGGAAAUGAAGAAUCAGUAUACAUAACACAUGUUGAUGAUCCUUGGACAUUUUAUUGCCAGUUGGGAAGAAAUGUGCAUAUUGUAGAGCAGUUGUCAUGUAAUAUUACACAGCUAAGUAAAGUUUUGCUGAAUUUAAAAACAUCUCCCUUGAUAACAUCCCCCUUGAUACCUGGAACCUUGUGCCUUGCCAAGUAUACUGAUGGAAAUUGGUAUCGAGGGGUGAUGAUAGAAAGAGAACCAAAUAAAAUCUUCUUUGUUGAUUUUGGGAACAUUUAUGUGGUAACAAAUGACGACCUGCUUCCAAUACCUAGUGAUGCAUACGAUGUCUUAUUUUUGCCCAUGCAAGCUGUCAGAUGUUCAUUAUCUGAUAUUCCUGAUUGUAUGCCAGAAGAAGUUACAACAUGGUUUCAGGAGACGGUUUUAGAUAAGCCAUUGAAGGCUUUGGUUGUAGCAAAAGAUCCCGAUGGAAGACUGAUUAUAGAACUGUACGAUGGCAAUAUUCAAAUUAAUGCUAAUAUUAAUGAGAAGUUAGGGCUGCGUGGUUGCAAAGGUAGGACAAGAAAGAAAAAAGAAAGCGAAGUACCCUAUACAAUGGAAACUCUUGAAGUAAAAAAGGAAAAUAAAAAGUUGUCACCCUUGGAGUAUUUAAGUAACUCAGUAGAGAACAAAGUAUGCAACAUGGAGAUGUUGGGAGAAUCAUACACGCCUAAGAUCAGGUCAGCAUGUAAUGAACUCAGACUUUUACAAAGUUCAACAAAAACAAACUUAGUCACUCAACAUCAGGAAUCUGUGGAAAAUAAAAAUGAUCAAGUGUCUUCAUUAACAACAAAAAAGAAAGAAGAAACUUUUGCUGAGCCACCACCUUUGAAAGCCACCAAAUCUGAAGCCCCUCUUACAGAGAGCAAAACAGGAGAUUCAUAUAACAAAGAUUUGCCUCUAAAAUUUUCUGAGUUUCCUCAGAGGACUGUAAUGCCUGGCUUUAAGACAACUGUAUAUAUUUCUCAUAUAAAUGACCUUUCAGAUUUUUAUGUUCAACUAACAGAAGAUGAGGCUGAACUUAAUUGUCUCUCAGAGAGAUUAAACAAUGUUAAUACAAAGCCGGAAUGUUAUGCAGGUCCACUUUUGCAAAAAGGAGAUGUAAUAUGCACCAUUUUUCCAGAAGACAAUUUAUGGUAUCGGGCUGUGGUCAGGGAGCAACAGCCCAAUGACCUUCUCUGUGUACAAUUUAUAGAUUACGGCAAUGUUUCUGUGGUUCCUACUAACAAGAUAGGUAAACUUGACCUAGUUAAUGCACUGUUACCAAGAUUGUGCAUUCACUGCUCCUUAAGGGGACUUGGCAUUCCUGAGAUUUUAAACUGUAAAGAAAUGGUCCAUUACUUUUCCCAAAGGACAGAUGAGGCUCCAAUCAGGUGUGAAUUUGUUAAAUUUGAUGACAGAUGGGAAGUUAUUCUUGCUGAUGAACAUGGGAUCAUAGCAGAAGAUAUGAUUAGCAAGUAUGCUUUUACUGAAAAAUCUGAAAUAGGAUGUUCUGCUCACAUAAUUAAAGGUGACUUUUCAAAGUCUGUCAACAAAAGAGACAUUGACAUUUCAGUAUUUCUUAACUGGUAUAAUCCAAAGAUGAAAAUGAUAAGAGCUUAUGCCACUGUGAUAGAUGGGCCUGAAUAUUUUUGGUGUCAGUUUGCUGAUACUGAGAACCUUCAGUAUUUAGAAGUAGAAGUACAAACUUUUGGCGAACAGGUAAUGGAUUUGAGAAGCUGUAUCUCAUGUCCUCAUGUUGGAGAUCCUUGCAUAGUGAGAUAUAGAGAAGAUGGACAUUAUUACAGAGCACUCAUCACCAACAUUUGUGAAGAUUAUCUCGUAUCCAUCAGGCUUGUGGACUUUGGAAACAUUGAAGACUCUGUGGACCCCAAAGCGCUCUACACCAUUCCUUCUGGACUUCUGGUGGUUCCCAUGCAAGCCUUUCCAUGUUGCCUCUCGGGAUUUAAUAUUUCCGAGGGUGUGUGCUCUCAAGAGGGAAAUGAAUAUUUUUAUGAAAUAGUAACAGAAGAUGUGUUGGAGAUAACAAUAUUAGAAAUCAAAAGGGAUGUUUGUGAUGUCCCUUUAGCAAUUGUUGACUUGAAAUGCAAAGGCAAAAGUAUUAAUGAAAAAAUGAAGAAAUAUUCUAAGAUUGGUGUUAUUAACAGUGAUCUGCUCUAUGAAAAAAAUGGCCCAGAGAUAAAGGGAGCUUUUGGGUCCCCCAUUCCUGAGGUUGGACUUAAGAAACCAAGUACUAAAGCUGGACAAGAGAGAACACUGUAUGUGGAACCACAGACAGAUGACCUAUCUGAGAGAAUUGAAGACUUAAACAUUAUUGAAACCAAACCAAAUAAACUCUAUGACCCUGAAACUGAUAACAUUUUUGAAGCUUUUGAAAACCCGUGCAAAGUUAAAAUUGGCACUGGGGUACUGGAAAGACAAGUAGAAUGCCAAUUGGUUGACAAACCAAAGUUUGAUAGUAAAUACUUAAUUACAGGAUUUAACACAUUAUUACCGCAUGCUAGUGAAACAGAGGAGAUAUUAGAACUUCAUUCACUUGAGAUCCCACUUUCUCCUGAUGAUGAAUCAAAAGACGUCUUGGAAAUGGAAUCUAUUGAGUUACAGCAUUCUCUAGUCGAGGAUGAAGAAAAAGAAGAGCCAGACCUGGUGCCUCCGAUGGUGUCUCUUCCCGAAGGCUAUGAUGCAGAAGCCACCCUGCAGCCAUUUACAGUGCAACUUCCCCUCACCUGUGAAGCCGAGAAACAGCCAGAGCUAGAAUUACCUACAGCCGAGCUGUGUCUAGAUGACAAAAUAAACCCUUUGUGUUUAAGAGUUAGUCAGGAAGCCCAAGAACCCAUGUGUGCUGAGGACACAAGACAAUCAAGUUCUGUGGAAUGUUUUGAUGACCAGCAUAGGUUGCCCCUGCACCUACCUGGACAGAGGUGUGAUCCCAAAAGGCAGAUUGAAAUGAAUAUACGUAAAGAAGAAUUUACAGAAUAUAAAAACAGAGAUGUCAUUUCAUCAUUGACUUCCUUGUUCUCUGAAGAAGAAUCCAGAGAUGAAAGGAAACACAGUAAUGCUUUACCAGAUUACAUCUCAGCUCAACCAGAGAGCACCUAUUCUCUGAAAGGAUUUACUGUUGGAUCCAAAUGUGUUGUGUGGUCAAAUCUAAGAAACACAUGGUCUAAAUGUGAGAUUUUGGAAAUAGCUGAAGAAGGCACAAGGGUUUUGAACCUUUCAAAUGGAAUGGAGGAAAUGGUGAACCCUGAGAAUGUCUGGAAUGGCAUACCCAAAUCAGAUAAGAGUUCUCCUGAGAAAAGGGGCUUGGAGGUGAUACAGGUUUAA